AUCAAAUUCAGGUUUUCGCUUAUGAUCAAAUUCAGGUUACCAAAUACCAGAACCAUACAGACCUUUCUUUUUUCGGUUUUUGUUUUUUCUCAUUAGGCCUGCUCCACCAACACUAUCAUGAUCAGGAGAUCAUCAUCCUGUUGACAGGAUCAGGAGAUCCUGAUGAGUGUGUUACAACAAGAAAUUUUCGUGUUCUAGAAGAUAGAAGUUCGUGAGACGAUGAAAAUACUGAAGACGAGUGAAGAAGACUCAGUUUUAUCGACUGAAGUCUAAGAGACGCACGACGAGUACGAGUACGAGCGAGAGAUGAGAGCUUUUUUCGUUACGAGACUAUAAUGACGUGUUGUCGUCGAUGAUGAGUCUCGUAGUAAGGCGUCUUUUUUGUUCACGACUGUAGAAAAAUCUGCUACUUCUACAACACAUUCAUGUGAUGAUCAGGUACAGAUUAUUUCGUUCACUACAUCGCUAACUGCGUCUAUCAUGUCAAUUAUCGGAUACUCGAACACCAUCCUUCGACAGGCCCCUGUUCUUACACACAGACUUCCCCCUCGGCCCCUAGCGGUCAAUUGGACAACUCCUGCCGACUUGCGCAUUACAGUUCUCAGCUUCUAUAUUUAUUAGUCUUAGUAAGGACUACUUCUACUUGUACUUGUUUAUGAUCGCGAGAUGAAAGAGAACAAUCAUCAUCGCUUAGUACGUUGUCACUAUCGCUUCUUUUGAUUUCUCAGCUUCUUAAGUAAGCAACGAGACCAAAAUAGAAGACAUACACGUUAUUAUAGUUUUUUGUCAUCUUCAUCAGUACUUUGAUGAUAUUCGCAUAUUGCUUUUCUUCUUAGUCGUUUUUAUUGAAAUUGUGACGCUUCGUUAACUUUGUUUUCUCUACACUCAAAAUGAUAUUUCGAUAAUGCGUGUCCUUGUGGUUUCUGCUCGCUCAAUAAAUCACAGAGUAAGUCUAACUAUUGUUCACAGCUUCUCGUGAUAACACAAGCUAAUAUAGCAGAAGAUCCUCUAGUGUUUUAUCAUUCUCUUCUUCACCACCUAGAAAAUUAUCAAAACGAUCAAAAUAGGUCUUCUUCUACAUAAAGAUUUGUUGUAUUUGUUGUAGAAGAUGACUUGUUCUUGCACUAAGGGGUAGAAGAAGAGAUAAAGAAGACUUGUUGUAGUUGUAAGCUGUAAUCUGAAAAUACUGGCUUUUCUGCUCUCGAAGAACAAGGGACCCAGUAGGGGCCCCACUUAAGCAUCUACUUAAACAUCUUGAAAGAAAUGGAAAAAAUGUCAUCUCUUUUCUCUCGGGUAUUCGGCAGGUGCCUGAACAAAGCGUCAUAUCAACCACUAAAAAGGCGAGGAGAUGGAGAUGCAGGUAUUCUUCUUAUUACACUGAGAAGAUAGAAAAAGACUCUGAAACCCCUGGAGUGGGUACAUUCAUCCAUACAUUAUUCUCCAUGGAUGCAGAUAUUAUUGCAGCGUUUUCAUAUUUGUGUUCUUUGACCUUUUAUUGUCAUCUCGGUCCUCUACUUGGUACUAUCAGGUUCAUCUUCUAAAUUACCACGACGUGCCGCUCAUGUCGGGGUCGGACGUACUUAGCUACAAUAAAUAAGACAUUGUUUUCUAUAUCAAUCUUCGCUUUCCUGAGUUAUUCCUUCUAAAUCUUUCAAUUCUUACCUCCAGGUGCCGGUCAUGUCGGACGAUACAUUUCUCUGGCGAACGCAGAUCGGGCGUCAAACUUCGCUUGCCAUGUUCCCGCAAUUUUGACCUUUUCGACCACUGGUGCGUUCGUCCUUGCGCUCUUCUGGAGCCAGAUUCUCUUUUAUGACCUCAAGUGUACUCACAAGUGUACUCAGAUGAAGAAUCUUACUCAGGAGAAGCUCAAUGAUCCCGCUUGAUGAAUGAUCGAUGAUCCUAAAUUAUACUUGAAAUUUGAAUACCUGGAGCACUUCUAGAACUAAUAUGAAACAUGAUGAGUACACUUGUAGUUUUUCCUGUCUUCAUAUGUCUAUCCACCUAGUGAUCAUGAUGGGAUGCUGGAUGCUAGGAUGGGUUACGUAUAUGGGCACCUGCUCUUUCUUCGGCAUCCGCAAGAUGCGCGAUGAGUGCUCCCAAGAUUGGGGAAAAAAAUGGGAAGACUAUUUGGUAUUUCCUAUUAUGAUUUUUCAUCAUUCUUUGGGUUUGGUAUAAUUAUAGGUAUUUGGAGGUAUUAAAAAUUUGGUAUUCUUGGAUGGUACUAUGAUUUCAGUAACCCGCAAUAGCCCUCAACAACAAAGUGAAUAAGAACAUCCCCACUCAAUAAGUAGAAUAACCCCCCAUGAGCACCACGCACACGACAGGCACGCAACCCGGGAAUUGAUGAAGGAUUGCUUCAUUUCGUCAUCCUUCCCAACUUCGACGAGGAAGAGGAAAUGCUAAGCCAAACGAUCAAUAACGUUGCCAAUAACAAACUUGCAGCGAAGUUUAUGGCGCAUAUACUAAAACGGCUGAGGCAGUUAGUAUCACUCUGGAAGUUCCUUGCCCAAUCGAUCAUCUUCUAGGAGGAUGAACUAAAGCACUCACGACCCAUCCCCUUAGAUGCAUAGUUGUAAUUAGAUACUUCCCUUUGCAGUCGUGGCACCUCCUUCUAAUUCCCACAUGGUAGAAGUUUUUUACUUUGUUUAAAUAGUGGCUGUAACUAAUAGUUAAGAAGCGAAGAAACCUGUAGAAUUAGAUUGGCAUCCUUCUAAUACCCACAUGGUUUGCGUCUUGGCAAUGGAGGCUCGUGAAGGUGACAAGGGGAGAGAAAAGGCCGACCGCCUGAUUGCGCGACAUGCGCACUUGUUUCGAGCGAUAUUUGCGACCUAUCAUCCAGCAUCCAUUCCUGGCGAAGUAAAGGGCAAAAUUAUGACAACUUCUUCACUAUACUAACUUACCUUUUGAACAAGGAGAAAGAUGAACAAAUUAGACCACGACCUCCUCGUCUUCUCAGUAAGUGCUUUGUUUACGUUUUGAUGAACAAAGUUGCCACUUGGACGAGUAAGUUUGAGUUUGGGAGCACCUAUUAUAAUCUCCUUGGUACCUCAUAAAAUCAUGAUUCAUCUCAUAGAAUUAUUUUCUCAUCUUUCUCUAAUCAAAGUAGCAACACACAGUGGGCGUACAGGGAAGUGCAGAGGUGGUAUGGUGCUUAUGUCAGCCGCGAGUGCGACCAGGCAGAAGACCCGUCAAAGGUGUUUAUUACCGUAGCAGACGCCGACAGCAUCCAUCACAAAGAGUAUUUCGCCAAUCUGACACUGAAAGCUAUGCAGCUAACGCCAGAGGAACGGUCGUGGACCAUGUGGCAACCACCCAUUCUGGUAGGAUGUAGAAUUGAAAUUGGAGGUCGUUUUUUUGAAUUAAGUAAUGUAUUCUUUCAUCUUCAGUCUUACUUUUUUAAUAAGUAUUUAUUCAUGAUUGAUCUUUUUGAAUGAAAAUGUAAGUAUUUGUAUUCAUUCUCACGCAGAAUUGGCGUAAGAACUGGGACGAGGCCGUUCAUCUUUCUAAAUCAAUGUAUUCAUGAUCCUCAUCCUCACUCAGAAUUGGCGCAACUGGGAGACAGUUCCUGGUCCAGUGAGAACUAGUAGCUACGGAACGUUCUUGUUUGAAGUUAGUGGCCUGGUGUCCUCACCGGUAAUGGACCACCUGGUCUUCAGCACGUACACACUAACCCUAGCACUGGCCAACCAUCCGAUAGUGGACGUUACGGCUGAAAAUAGUUAAUACUGCCUCUUCUAGGUGUAGACUUCACUCAUUUCAAGCACUGAGCUCUCCGCUACAACUUCUAAGCAUAUUAAUUCAGUACUUGUUCUACAUGCCAUUGACUACAUGUACAUAGUCCUUUAAUAUUCAGGUCACUCAUAAAGAUUAGGCACUUCAUCUCUGAGGUCACAACUGACACUACUUGUUGUAUCUUGUGGUGUUAAUCGCGUUCUAGUGUGUGUGGGGUAGGUGCAUUUCUGAGUAUCUUGAGUGGAAAUAGAAUUCCCAAGAUAGAGGAAGCAUCCCCAUCCGCUUUAGCCUUACUAGAUAGCGACAUGUUGAUCUUUUUAAUCGCUAAGUACAGCUGGGAUGCAGAUGUGAUAGCUGAAGACCAUCACAUGUAUAUGAAGUGCCUCUGCGCCGCGCAUUGGGAGAGCCUCUUCAGCAAUGAAACGAACCGAAGCGUAAAGAGUAUCAGCAAACUGAGACUGCAGGCUUUGUACACACCGGUGACCUCAUACCUCGUGGAAGACUCAAGAGGAACAUUGCACAAUAUUCACUCAAGGUAUUCUUGUUCCUGGUUAUGGUUUCUAGUACGUGGUCCAUCGAUCUUGAUGUCCGUCAUUGAUCGACGUCUUGAUAUCCUACUUUAUUGCAUUAGAACUACUACAACUACGCACAACUACAAGAUGAAAAUGUCGCCCACCCGCUACAGCAACGGCAGCACUCCGUUUACUUGUUCAAGAGUAUCAUUAUCACCAUGUGCGCACAUUUGCAUCAGUAGUGCGUCGUUAUUCAUUACUAGGGAGAGCGUGGUUAAGAAUCACGAAAGCAGCUCCUUGAAGAUCCUAAAUUACUCAAGUCCGAAAAGUCUCAGACCUUUGGUUCAAGUCGUGGUUCGAAAGGAGACCGGAGGCCAAUUAGUUCCAGUUGGCUCCUUGUCGUGAUUCGAAUGGUCAAGGGGUUUUUUUUAAGGAAUCUCGUGGGGGUCAUGCAAAUUCGUCCAAAUUUGCACGACCUCCCCGAAGAAUUUGGAAAAAAUUGCGACGACUUUCGUGGGUCUGCGUAGGGUUCCGCUUUUCCGGUUAGUUUCUGUCUUCUCUUCUUUUUCACCUCCUAGCCACUUGGAAGCAAGGGCUGGCGGCCUCUUGUUUCUCCUUGUCAUUCCGAGCCAUUUUGGCUCAAGAUUCGACACCUUUUUCAGCAGGAUCUGAAGCGCCUUAUGGCUAAUUUGCUACUGAUAUGAGAUUCGAUUUCGAAAACCAACAAAACGACUCGAAAUACUUCAAGAGAGCCCCAAUUAUUCCCCAUUCUUGAACGUGUUUUCUUUCUUCUCUUCGUAGUAGAUUGCGGCCCGGGAGGCUGCAGCAAUCUCCUUGCAAGAGGCAUGACGUUUUUGGGUGCUUCCUUUCUUUUCCUUUUCAUCUAUUUUUCACUGAACGUCUCAUCUACCCAUCCUAUGGGCCGUAUGAUGGUGACUGGGUACUUCCCUAAAUCGAUCACGACAACUCAGGUACAAGCAAGCACGACGACACAUGCAGGGUAUAUCGGAGCUGGCUUACCUACUCCUCCAGCACUACAGUAUUGCACGCGAGAGCCGAGAUCCAAUGCCCUGGGCUGCGCAUCUCCAGUUUCUCUUAAGGCUAAUGCUCGUAUAGUUCGAAAAGAAUAUGAGCAAGAAUUUCAGAAAUGUGCAAUCGGGUGGAGUGUAUUCAAUGAAUUAUUCUAAGUUAUUAAACUUAUAAGCCAAAACCAAAAGCCAAACCAUGGAGUGCGUGUUCCAAAAUACUUUGCUUCUAUUAUAGAAAUGGAUAUGGUGAUGAUGAUCUUGCUGAUCGACUUCUAUUCUAGCCAAUUUUUCAUCCGUGGACUCCAAAUAUCUCUGCUUCCAAAUAUCUCUUCUUGUUCCUCUAAUUCUGAAUCUAGUCCUGAAGUACUGCACAGUGACGAUUUUCAACUGCGUGCAUACUUUGGUCUUGCACCUGUUCGCUGUCGCCGCACUCUUCUGUUAAGGCUAGUUCUUCUUGUACCUCACGACAUAAACACUGAUUACAAGUACAACAGUGAGUACUGAGUAGCAAUGAUGUAGUUCUGUUUAUUUCUCUAACUCUGGGUCUGCACUGCGUUAUGGAACGGUGCCCUGUGGGAUGAGCUGAACAUGCUGAAUAUCAUGAGACAAGAGUCAGCGUUGUUGAACGCGUUGUGCUUGUUUUUGCAAUACUCUACUCCCGUCUUUGGGUCGAUGAUUGUCGGCGCUAACUUCAUGGGCGUCAAGGACUCGCUAGAAGGACUGUACAACUUCUCUUUGCUCUAAUAUUGUACAAAUAUCUUAUUUGAAGAAUACUAUUAGACUAGUAACAUAUAUCCUAUAUUGUACUUAUUAAACACUAUUAAUACUAUAUUGUACAAAUAUCUUAUUCUUAGAAUAGUAACUGGUUGACCCUUUACUCCAAGCUCAAGUAUGAUGUUUCCUUUUCCGUUCAGGUAUUGUCCUCUGUAUUUUUUGUCAACUGAUGCGGACGCGGAUAGCGAUGUGUACCAGGACACCGAGUACGGUUUGGCAGUGCCCGAUGCUCAUGGGAAUAUAGUCGCAGUCGAGCCCAUCGAAAAGAAGGACAUCAAGCAGCUGAGGAAGAAGGGAGAUAUCGUUCCCCUCACGCGAAAACUCACCACCUGGGGACAAAUCAAGACCUUUGUCCAGGUACUUCUUUUUAAUGCAAUCAGGAUGAUCAACAGGAACUGUCGAAAUUAUACCCCAAACAAUCCAACAGCGAGCUAGAUGAGCGGGUAAAAGUCGCCCGGGAAAUUUCAGGCAGGUUGCCGGGCAGAUUCGUGUCUUCAAUUCGUAAGAAUACAUAUGCUUACUCUGCGCCGCGACCUUUACCCAAACAAGAACAUCACUGACUCAAUGUAAAAAAACCAGGUCUACACUGACAUCAAUGUGAUUGGUCAGCCGACUUUGUUGUUGUAUGGAACGAUUCCUUUAUUCCAGACCGCAAUUUCUCUGAGUCGCUACGGCCACAAAUUCGAUUACAUCGUCGCCGCCAAGCCAGAAGCGCGCCUAAUCCAAACAUCAGCGGCUAGUACUAUUAAGGCAGAGCAGGCUUCUUCAUCUUAAAGAUUCUACUAGAAGUACUUGUGCCGGUCCUUCUAUGUUUAUCUAUUUUAUUUCGUACUUAGUUAUUUGCUCAGUAGUGUCGGGACUGCUUCAUUGAUCUUGAUGUCAUGAUUGAAACUUUUCGGUACCAGAUAGAUACAUUUUCAUUUUUAUUUACCUAGUAGUCGAGUUUGAAGUUCUUGUACUGGCAAAAAAGCUAAAGCAGCAGGUCAUCUGGUAGCUCUUGCAUUCUUCUUAGAUUUCAAAAAAAUCAAGCCCAUGCCCAUUUGUGAAAAUCAUGGAGCACUUCUUCUAAUAGUGCGAUCGGCAGCUCGUCGUCAAGCAGUGCAGCCAGCAGCUGCGGUGAGGAGGAAGUCUGA